AUGACUCCAAGUUCACCUUCAGAGACUGAACUUCCUGCUGAUACAGUUUAUAUCCUGGCCAAAUUGGGUCACAAGGUGUCGCACAACACUCGAGUUGAAUGGUUUAUCGGCAACGUUAACCGCCGCAUUGUCUUUCCUGCUAGCGGUGUCUGCGCUCAGCUCCCUGAUUGGCUAGCAGACUGCGCACCCGCUGCCUGGUCCAGUCUUUCCAUUUUGGCUGCCUCACCCUCCCCUCCCCUCCCUUUUGUGUUUCCCAUUACUUACUGCAUCCAUCCACAUACCACAGUAAAGUACCUGGCUCACUCACAUCGCAUCACCUUCGUCCUCGAUCUCAGUGACUCUAUGCUGCAGCCCUGUUCUACCGGUUUCUCCGCUCUUCAUCAUGCAGUCUUUUGCCUUGAAUCUGUUCUCUAUAAAUUAAUACCUCCUUCCUCUGGUCUCUCGCUUCCUCUUCCUACUUCUUUGCUCACACAUCUUUCUCUCUUUAUUAGCAUCAUUGGUGUAGUGCCCAACCGACAGUCAUUCACCCUUAUUCACGACUGGGAAGCCUCUCUAGAGGGCAUCAAAUCAAUCAUAAGUGCUGUGAAUAAGCGCCUUUUUCAGCUGGAGACUGCGGAUCUUCUCGCUCAGUCUAAUUCAAGUCCUUGCGCCUCCGCUCUUGUGGAUAUGUUACGGCAUGGAGUACUAACUCUCGCUAUGCAAAUGCCGGAUUGGGCCCCCGCCUCCUUGAUAAUAAUUUCUGAUGCCUGUUUUACCACACUGGAUAUGGCUGAGCUUGAUCGCAGUUUAGCACACCUUCGAGCUGCGGCUGUCAGAUGCUCAUUUAUCAUCCCCUCUGCCAUCGUUACUCCUUCCGCUGCUACUGAUUUUGCCCCUACAAGAACACCAAGAAAUCUCCUUCGGGCCAUAUCGUCGAACCCAUGCAUACCUCACGUGGACUUGUGCCAAUUUAUUGCUCAUGCUACAGCUGGAUUCUGCCUAACGAGCCUCUCUACAGAUUGGCAAUGUUUAUCCAAACAAACUUCUUCCCAGUGGAACCAAAUUCACGAGCUCUUAUUGGCGUUGCAACUUCAAGACGAUGUAGAGAGCACGUUGGAGAAAGAGGGUGAUUUGGGCUGGGUGGCAAUCAAUGAAAUUCAACCUUAUUCACGCAUCGUACGUGCAGCCCUCAACCAUGUUCUCGCUUCUCGACUUAAAGAUGGAUAUCGUCUUCGUUCAGUGUCGAUACCUCCGGCUAAACAAGAUUGUGAUUCUCCCUCUCCUUCCUCCUGGAUACAGAUUGAAUUGGCUCUCGCUUGGAAACCUGGAGUCUUAUUUAGGCUCUUCCUAGCAGGGGAGUGGUUUCUUCCUACAGGGCAAUUACCUGUUCUUAGUUCUAAUCACUACCUUCUCCAUGUUGCCAGUGCAUCCGCAAGAACUGAGCCGAUCGUUUCUGGACGCUAUUGCAUUGCCAAUCUCCGUGUUCGUGCUAAUUCUUCUCUUCUACGUGCAUUCACUCAGCAGCGUCGUGAUCAAGUAUCAAGCCCAUAUUUGGCCUCAACUCUCAAUCGGUUUGACUUUCAUUUUCGCCUACUCAACCAUGUCGAUGACUACCUUGAAAAUGUUUCUUCAUUUAACCUUAAUCCGGAUAUCUAUUCUGUACCUGCGCGGUACAAGAACGGCCUUUGCUCGGUCUUCAUCACAGCACAAGGAGCCAGUGGCGGAUCCGAAAUUUAUCUUUCCGGCAACACAGCAGAAGAAAUGGAGCAUGAUAAGUCACUUUCCAAUUUCGUUUAUUACUGGGGUCGCUUACUAACCCUGGACAUUGCUAACUGUUAUCGGUGGAUGCACUCAGAAACUUUAUAUGUUGUUCUUGAACAUGACUCCCCUCUUCCUACAAAUCUAUUCAUCCCUGUUCCGACCCGACGUGUAACUGACCUACUCACAUGCCGUCAAUCGCUUGCAAGAAUACACAGUAUGCUUAGUGAUUGGUGUACAUUUGUGCUGUUGGAAAAUCACACCUACAUUCGGUUGGAGUAUCCUAAUCAUGAGUCCCUUGAGGAUCCCGAUAGUCCAGAAGCUUCCGAGGCAACUCUCUCUCAUAUCUCUUCCCUCUGCGUGCCUUGCUACUUCACUCUUGUUCGAUUGGAAAUGAAGCUACCAGAGAUCAGAGUUCGUGUCGCUUUCACUGCAGGUGUUCAAUCAGAUUAUCGCCGUGCCACACUAGAACAACUCUCACGCCGUUUUCGAGUUCUCAGCUUUCUGCCUCGGGGGAGGCAGGCAGUACCGAAAUCACGUCACAAAUCCGGUGUUUUUGGUCCCCUUUAUCCCUUUUCGCUAAACCAUGCUGAAAACGUCCAUGUACCACCACUUCAGCGAACUUGGGGGGAGACUCCCUGUUGCAUGGUGUUUCUUUCCCAACUGGAUCGUCUGAUUGUUGAAACUGGUACCUGGAUGAGUAAUAGGGAGCAAAACUACUGCGCUACGACCAUGCCAUCUUCGGCGAAUUCCCAGAUAUCUAAGUCCCUUCUAAAGGGCACUGUGGCAGAGGUGAGGUGUGAGGUGGCACCGGCGCUGUUACGCCAGCAUCUCUGCACCUCGGGAUGUAUCUGGGUCUCUCCAGUGGUGUCAAAGUCACCAAACUGUGUAAUGAAGAUGUUUUCUACUUUAAUGAAUCUGCGAAUUCAAGAAGGUUUUCACAUUGUGCGUAGUGGACCUCAAUCUGGUUUUGUCAGCAUGGCUCGAGAAGUCAUGUUCUCUGUUGAUUCCGCGGCAGAGGGUGCUGUUAAACAGCCUUGUCUCAUUCAGUAUCAACUUUACCCGUUCCGAGUUAAAGCAGCGAGAAAUGACCAAUCAAGAGGGGUUAACGAAAUGCGAGUAGCUUCAGAAGCAGUUCAACGAGUUUUAGACGCAACUCUGGUGAAAAAAGUACCUAGAUCGUUUGUUAACCAACUGAAGGCUCUUACUUCCUCCCAACUUAGUUCAGAAAUCCAGAUAGCUACUGAGGUAUGGAUAGAACCGAAACAUGGUCAUGCAAGUGACUUACCAACCGAAGCUCUCUAUCUUGCCAAUCUACCGUACACUCAGGUGGUGGAGCGGAUUCUUCAACUAGACUGUUUCUGUUUGGCAGCUUAUAGCACUCUAGAGAAGAUCCUCACGGCGUGUUUGCUUAGGAUGAUUGAACUGCAACGUCUAGCUCCACCACCAGUGUCACCUACAUUGGAUGGAAGUCAAACUGCCCUCACAGGAUCUCCGCCUGCUGCUGUCUCUUCGAAUUCGUUGUCCUCUACUGCUCCCGCCACAGUACUGCCCUUCAAUCUAGCUAAUAUCACUGCUGUCAGUCCAUGUGUGUGUCUUCUUUAUCCUCUACUUUUGGACGCUUCUCUGGUUCAAGAUACCAGUACAGUGUUAAAUUAUUUCGCGUCUGAUAACGUUAUCACCCAUUUGAUGUUCAAUUUAACUCAUCGAAUUCCUUAUAUCACAUCUAUCCACCUCUCCUCCAUCGUUUCGGAUCAGUUUAGUCGUUUUCUGGUGUCUGAAGAGACUGAGGAGAAUGCAUCAAGGUUGAAUCGAGCCCUGCUUGAAUCUGGAGUGGUAGAAUGGCAGUGUUUUGCAACUAUUGUUGGUGUUACUGAACCAUUGUCAAAUGAAAACGUUGGUGAAAGUCGGAGUCUGAAUUCAUUACUGGGGGAGAACUUUGUUGAAGUCAGCAGCGGGGAUAUUGGCAACUCUCCAGUCACUUUCUUUAUCCUUCCUGCUAACAUGAAAGUUGCUAUUUCGCCGUUUUGCCAGGACCUGAUAAAUAACUUAAGGCAGCAGCUGGGUGACCCAAACCGUCAUGAACUGUCCUUCCCUAUUUUCGUUUACUCUUGCACACACACCUAUCUUUCCUUCCCCCUGGAUGAUCGAUGGACCUACAGCCACCCUGAAACGCUAAUUGUUGACUUCUUCGAACAGGAUAAGAAGUCUUUGGAUACUUCUCCACGAGCUUUGCGUUUUAUCUGUCGCGAGCAAUUGACUUUAAACCCACCAAACAGCUUUCUCACCGCAGCUAGAGGAAAUCCUCGGCUUACCAAGGAGUUGGUCCUCCUUUGGACGCGUCUGCGUGAUGCAUCUUUGGGUUUGUUAGACCUCUGUGAUGAGGCGUUCGUUGAAUGUGCGCAUCGGACUCUAUUGCACGAAGCUGUGAUCUCGGAAGCAGCAAUAAGACGUGUUCUCACAUCAGAACAGUUCUGUUCCUCCCUUCCUGCUAUC